ACCCCCAAAUUAAUGAAGUUAGCUAAUAUAAUCCACUUUAGCAUGCAAAUCCAGCUGGAAAACACAGUCUCCUGCUAGUACUUCAUGUAUUAUUAUCAACUACGAGGCAUAAGGUUUACUAGCCAUCUUAUUUAAACUAGCCGAGCAAAAUAUAUAUGAAUAAAAUCGAGAUGUUUGUUACCGUUCUCGUUGUUUUUGCACUUGUUUCAACACCUUUGGGUGUCCAUUGUGUGUCGACAGUCGUCGUCGACCCCGUACGCGAUGACGGAGUAGAAGCGGCAUUGGUAGUGAUUCCAGGAGCAGAGAUCCGCGGGGAAGCGUACCUACCUCUUGCCGAGAGGAUCCAACAGAAGUCCCCCCUCAAGUUAUGGGUAGCUCUGACGACAGAUUACAUUGGAGAUACGCCCUUCCCUCCUCAGAUAACCCUUGCAAUAAACGAUGCCUUAGACGAACUUCAAAGGAUUGGCAUGCCUGCAAACAUUCCGAUAUUCUAUGCAGGCCAUUCUCUCGGCGGUACAUUUUUGCAGAGUUACGUCAACAGGGAUCCGUCCAGAGCAAAGGGGGUCAUGAUGUGGGGUUCAUACCUGACGGGAGCGUUGGAUGAUCUUGGUGCCUACCCCACCCCCAUCAUGCACCUGAGUGGGGAUCUAGAUGGUCAAGUAAAGAUCGCAAGGAUAGGAAACACAUUCAGGGAUUUAGAAACGCUGCUCACAGAAGACCAAACGGCUCUCGCAACGAAACCAGUCAUUGUCGUAGAGGGGGUGAAUCACUUCCAAUUUGCUUCUGGAGAUAUCCCCCCAGCAGUUGUCCGGGGAGACAUUCCUGCCGAGGUGACCGCCGAUGAAGCCUGGACACUGUUGGCAGAAGUCAUUGGCGACUUCAUGUCUUAUAAUAUGGAUGUGAACAAAGCCACAGCGUUUCAAAGUUUAAACGCUCGGUAUGUUGAAACUCAGAGGAAAAUAGCGCCACUUUCCUCAUUCAAAGAUCUCGAAUGGAACGGCACAGCUUCAACUUGGAUCAGAGACGCUCAGAAACUUGUCAACGCCUUUCCUGAAGACAUCUUGACACCGGUGACCAUCUACAACGUUGGUUACACCAACCAACGCCAAUUCGAAGAAUCGAAGCCUUCGGUAGUCAAGGACUCCGAUGGAAUGGUCCUCAUAACAACAAGGUCGAAGGUCGAGUUCCCAGUCAACCCUAUCGACAUCUCGUCCCUCAUGAACUCGGCCAACGAGAUCGCUGGAAAGAUGAAAAACCAGGAGGCGGUCAAGAAGAUUGUCAAGGGAGAUGGAUAUGGCAACAGCGCCACCUGUCGGGUGAUCAAUGAGGAAGCAUACCGUUCUGCCUAUAACAUCGCCCCAGCAAUAGUACAAUCACGCUACGAUACAAAAGGAAAACAAAUGAUUUUUAGCGAUGAUGUGAACACGUCCACUGGCUCCGAAUGGGUCGAUUCACACGUAAAGUAUGAAACGCUAGCAGAUGGAUCACUUCAGGUCACUUCCAGUGCUCUGUACACAAAUGUGGAUUUUCCCUUUGUGACCCUCGCUGGGAUGUAUUACUGCAAGCUCAUGUCGCCUUAUAGAGCCCUGGAGUGGAUGUACGUUGAUUCGCUCCGUCCAGACACCACCAAUUGAUAUGACUUUCACUCUUCUAAACACACUGAUUUUCGAGAAUAUAAAUACAUCGCUAUAUGAAUAUCACCUGGGUCUUUUCCUAAAGCGCAUACAAAAUAAUGACAGGCUUAAAGGGAUGUGAUGUGUCAUUGAAAUGCCCCCGAUAUGCUUUGAUUCCUUGAAACUGCGAUCAACCUCACAUAACAUGCGAAGUAAUAAGAAUAGAUUCUUGUUGAAAAUACCCUACUCUAAAACUAAAAAAAAACUCUUGGAGACUGUGCGUAGCUACGCAGUUCCGAAACUGUGAAACCAAGUACUUCCCCUUUUUAUUAAAAUGGCCCAAUCUGUACCUGCUUUCAAAAUAUUGUUGAAGAUACAUUUGUGUAGGCAAGUGUUUAAGUAGACUAUCGUUUUAUAAGCAACAUGGGUAACCAAAACGCAGUAGAGUAUAUCUGUAUAGUGGCUGCCCUAUACAAAUUUAUCAUAUUAUUAUUGUUAUUGAAUUCGGUUCAAAGUUGUACUUAUUGCCGAGAAUCCUGAUUAAUGGAAUCCUAUUGAUUAUCCACGAAUCAUGUCUUGAAGCUUGUUAAUUUACUAUAAUUAAUAGUGUUGCAAGCUGACUUGUAAGUGUAUUAUGUUUUGACAUACACUGCUAAUCAUGCCGACAAUUUUGUAGUAAAUAAAAUGCAAUAAAUUUUUAGUUUGACUCCCAA